GGACUCAGGCUUACACAAGCCAGCAGUAUUUUUUGUUUUGCAUAAAGAUCCGAAAUAAUAUCCGAAUAAUAAUUCAAAGUAUUUAAUCUGUGUCUGUUACUGACGAUGCAAAAGCAGAGGCCAUAUAAUGGAAUACAUUGCCGUGAAAUUAACUUUUGAUAAAUAUGUUUGAUGUCAUGACAAAUGCACCAGACUGGAAAACUACCACCAAUGAGACAUUUGCUUCAUAACACUAUGCAUUUCAGUAAAAGUGGGAGCAACGUGUCAGCAUUUCACAUCUGUCAUUUUUACAACCUGCGCGUCGUCGCGGAUGUUUAAGGACUGAUGAAUAUAGACAGUCACACCAGUGCGCCAGUUGCGCAGGAGCCACUUUUAAGAAUGAUGGAGAACUUCCUAAAAGAUGUCAACAUAUGGAUGGUGAACAGCACAUGGACCAAUUCAACUUCAGGAAACGAAACGGGAAAUGUAAACUCAAGCGUGAAUCCACUGAAACGAAAUGAGGAGGUUGCUAAAGUGGAGGUGACCGUCCUGGUCCUUAUCUUGGUGUUCGCUUUGGCCGGGAAUUUGUGCGUACUUUUGGCCAUCCACACCAGUAAACACAGCCAGUCAAGGAUGUACUACUUCAUGAAGCACCUGAGUAUAGCCGAUCUGGUGGUCGCUAUCUUCCAGGUACUCCCUCAGUUGAUUUGGGAUAUUACAUUUCGCUUCUAUGGGCCAGAUUUUCUCUGCCGGUUGGUGAAAUAUCUGCAGGUGGUUGGCAUGUUCGCAUCGACCUAUAUGCUUGUACUAAUGUCAAUUGACAGAUGCCUGGCGAUCUGUCAACCACUCCGGUCUCUGCGUCGGAGGAAAGACCGCUUCUAUGUGAUCAUCUCAUGGGUGUUCAGUCUUCUUUUUAGCAUCCCUCAAGUCUACAUUUUCUCCCUAAAGGAAGUGGGGAAUGGGGUAUUUGAUUGCUGGGGGGACUUCGUGCAGCCAUGGGGAGCUAAAGCUUACAUCACGUGGAUUAGUCUUACUAUUUACAUCUUCCCAGUGACAAUACUGAGUGUUUGUUAUGGACUGAUAAGCUUUAAAAUCUGGCAGAACUUUAAACUGAAGACAAGGCGCGAGCAAUGCAUCUCCCUGACACCGCGAGCCUCCAAAGGGAGCGCUCUCAGCCGCGUCAGCAGCGUUAAACUUAUUUCUAAAGCCAAAAUAAGAACUGUGAAAAUGACUUUUGUAAUCGUUGUAGCAUACAUCAUUUGCUGGACACCAUUUUUCUUCGUCCAGAUGUGGUCAGCGUGGGACCCAGACGCACCUAGAGAAGCUCUUCCUUUUAUCAUCGCCAUGCUUCUGGCCAGCCUCAAUAGCUGUUGCAACCCGUGGAUCUACAUGUUCUUUGCUGGCCACCUGUUCCACGACCUGCUGCACCGCUGUCUGCGUGCUCCACCCUGUAACUGCGACCGGCAGCCCAAUCGCAAGAGCACCUACACCAGCUCCAGCACUGCCGCUUGCGCCAUCAAGAGCACCGGCAGCCAGAGGAGCCUCACCCAGACCUCCACCACAUGAGGGGGCAGCACCGCUCCCCCAACGCUCCCCCCAACCCCUGGACAUGGGAGAGCUGCUCCUGUUGAGGAGUACGGUCACGAAAAUGUGAUUAGAAUGUUCCACAUUAUGAUGUGACAAUUACCCUCAGAGAUUUUCCCCAUAGACUAUAUUGACAACACUGAAACUCUAGAUUGUUUGCGUACAAUUCUAGAAGGAAACAGGAAAAUAAUUCACUCCUCAACAGGUUAAUAGAACAUGAAGGUGUUACAUGGAGAGCUGGGUGAAAGUGAAGAAGUACAGACCCUAAACCCCCCCUCCCCCCUCCCAUUAAUUUCAGUGGCUAGGUUAGGUACUUAAAGGCUUCAUGCACUACCAACCCUGAAGAAAUACUAUGUUCAGAGCAUCUACAA